UACCGCUUGCUCCGUGCGUACGUAUAUAUGGAGGAUUGGAGGUCCCGUAGAAGCCCGUACAAUAUUGACAUCACACACGCAUUUUACUUGGUCAUUGUGCGUAGAAUUCAGACGGAGUUGCGAAACCUUAGGGAAUUUUUGGCUUUUUGUUUGAUGUUGUCUCAGAACAGAGUGCGGAAAGAUGCUCAUUACACUGAAAACGCUGCAACAGAAGACCUUCAAGGUGGAAAUUGACGAAUCAUUAACGGUAAAAGCAUUGAAGGAAAAGAUUGAGGCUGAAUCAGGAAAGGACUUCCCAGCGUCUGGACAGAAACUCAUUUAUGCAGGUAAAAUCCUCAAUGAUGACCAGACGAUUAGUGACUACAACAUUGACGAGAAGAGUUUUGUGGUGGUCAUGCUGACAAAGCCUAAGCCAGCCGCUAAGACAACAGAGCCCCCCCUGCAAGAAGCCUCGGCAACGCCCACUGCGGCUGCCUCAGAAACGCCGUCGGCAGCCCCAGCCGCAGACACCAAGACAGCGGAGAAACCAGCCCAAGAGAAGAAGGACGAUGCACCAGCUACUACCACAGCAAGUUCAUCUUCGACGACGACGAGUACCAGUCAGGCUGCAGGCACAUUGAGUACUGCUGAGUCCAUGCUGGUUACCGGUGCUGAGUAUGACCACAUGCUGGACGAGCUGGUGGCCAUGGGAUUUGAGAGGGAGCAGGCCAAACGGGCACUGCAGGCGAGCUACAACAACCCUGACAGAGCUGUGGAGUACCUAACAACGGGUAUUCCGAGCAUGCCCAGCGUCGAGCAACCACCCCCAGCACCCCAGCAAGAGUCAUCAGGCGGUACAGAAGCCACAGAGAACCCUCUGCUGUUUCUACAGAAUUCUCCAGUGUUCACCCAGAUGCGACAGGCUGUGCAGUCCGAUCCCUCGAUGCUACAGACGCUUAUUCACCAACUUGGCCAAAGCAACCCAGAACUCUUACAGCUGAUCACCCAAAACCAGGAGCAGUUCAUCGCCAUGCUGAACGAGCCAAUCUCAACCGGACCGACUGCCGGACAAACUGGGGGUCAGGUCAGUGGAGUACAGCCUGCAGCUCAGACGGCCGGAGGGCAGCCGGGCGGCCAGACGACGGCGGGGCAACCGGCUGGACUUGCCGGUGGAGAGGCGCCAGGGGUGCAUUACAUCACCCUCACCCAGCAGGAGAGGCAGACUGUUCAAAAUCUCCAGGCACUUGGAUUCGAAGAGAGUUAUGUUUUACAAGUUUACUUGGCCUGCGACAAGAACGAGAACUUGGCGGCAAAUCUCCUUCUACAGGCGAAAAGCGAAGAGCAGGAUUAGCGUCAUCUUUAAAGUUUGCCAUCAAAAUCUUUUUGUAAAUAAUAACGGUAAACUGUUUUUCUUUUCCUUGAUAAAAAAAUAUCAAGUUGUACUCCAAAAGGGGGGGAAAAAUCAACAUUUUUGGGCUCCCUGCACCCGUCCGGUAGCCGGGUCACUGAGAGGAUUGUUAGUAAUAACACAUUCGCCUAAAAUCAGGACACCAGAUGAUCAAUAGCUAUUAUUAAGUAGAGAGCCCUGCAAAAAUUUACCAACAUCUACUAAUAUCUCUGCAUCUGCUGUUUCAAAUUUGGUUCGUCCUAAAGAGCAGCCAUUUGACAAAGACAAAGCACUCAACCCUAACCAUGCUGAACCCAACAAGGUUAUGCAGGAUUUCAAUGGUCCCUAGGGGGUUAGGGUUGAGUUGACUUUUAAUUGGUUGUACUUGUAGGUGCUAUGAAUUUCAGCAAAUCGAAUAAGAUGCACCGUACAUGUAAUUUCCAGAGCUAUUGUGGUUUCAAAUAGGUGUCAAGUAACUUCACAGUUAAUAUUAUCCGUGAAGAGGAAUCACUUUAGUCUCUGCUCAAACCUUUUUGAACAGAUUUCACGCUUUACGGCUAAAAGGUUGUCAUUUGCUCUUCAACUCCAAUUUUUAUCCCCUUUUUUUUCCCCGUCCAGUUUUAAAAGAAACUUUUACUGGUCCAGCUUAUUAGAGAAACUAUUGCAAGGGCUGUGUUUGUAGAACUCACUUCAGCAGGCUCGUGAAAACAAGAAGCUUUAUUUAACAGAAAAGUUUGAAGUAAUCAUACAGGCUUAAAAAUACUUUUUUUGUGAGAAAUCUGUUUCAGUACCUGUUGUAAUUAUAAGUAAACUUUCAAAAAGAAAGUUGAUUGAGGCCACCAGUUCUUUACCUUUCAUUGACUUGAAAAAAAAAAGAUCACAUGUAUAACGGUAGGUCUGUGUUGUUGGUUUGUGCAUCUUAAAUGUGACCCACCUUCCACAAGUCAGAAACAGUUUAGCUAGGCCUGUCUUGGGCAGACCAUUGAUGGAAUAUCCAAGAACAGUAUGAUAUCCAAGAGUACAAGUUUCUUGGGCCCUGACAGUCACCGUUCGUACCCUCACAGCUGACUUCAUAACUGCAUUGAAAGCACAUGUCUCUAGCACAAAGUGCACAAUUUUUUUUCAAUUUAAGAAUUUUUGAGAAUUCAAAUCACGUGCAAAGUUUUUCAGAGUUCAACUUUGUGGUUUAGGGUAAAGUCAUGCAAAUUCCCUGGUAACCUGUACAGCUAAGUCAUCUUGGAUACCAGGCACAAUUGGCCAGUGGUUGACAAAUGGUUGUCACUCAAACUUACCCAAUUUCCACCCUUCACAAACAACGCGCCCGGAAUCAAUACAAACUGCAUGUGUACAUGUACGUCAUAUUUAAGUUAAUGAUGAAUACAACAUUUAAAACUGUAAUCCAUCGCAUUUAGUCACUUAACAGCCAUUGAAGCAGACUUUAAAUGAAUGAACAUAAGCAUCAAGCACCCACAUUCUUUUUUUCCACCUUGAUAAUGUUUAUUUUCACAAGAUCACAUACUUGAAGCAAGGAGUUCCGUGUGCUCUUUAUAAUGUGAGGUGGUAACAAACUAGCGAAAAACAAUUUUGUCAGUAAUAUAUGGUUACGAGUGCUGUUGACCAGGUUUUCAUGUUGGUGGAGUCGAUGAUGGGUUAUGAAACAUAUUCAUUUUGGGCUUAAUUUCGUAGAGCUUCUGUUAAGCUGAAAAUUUUGCUUAGCAUUUGAUUUGUCCCUAGCAAAACAUUGGUUGAGAACCAAUCGCAAAAACUAGACAUUGUGUGAUAAUUUGUCUGGUAACUUAUUUUUAAUGAGUAUGCAUUUUCAUUGCUUAGCAAAUGAGCCAUUUUUGGUAUCCCAACCGCACAAGAUCAAGGUCAUUCGAGAAGAGCAGUAUGUACGUGCGAAAUCUGCCCCAUCGGUGCACCGACUUGCACCCUUUGUUCUCUAGUGACCUUGCCAUUUUGAAAUACUGAACUGGCUCAUUAGGGCACUCAGCGGCUACAUGUGUAUACAAUUGGACUUUGCUCUAGGCCGUUCAGAGCGGGUAAAGUAGAUACACGGUACGUACAUAAAGGAGAAAGGCCACUAUUAGGGGUUACUUUCACCCAUAAACCACAUGUGUCAUGUUAGUAUUCAUGUGUAUGAUACUAGUAGUACUGUUUUCAAACUAGCUGCUAUUUUGCAAUUAUCUGCGGGAAGGGCGUGGCAUGAUUUUGCAUGGACUUCAGAAACUAAACAAAUGUGCAUCAGGGGUUGCAAAGUACAGAGUUGAUUGGGAAAAGACGUACUGCUUGCUCAGCAAAGGAGGGAAAAUGUCGUUGCACUCUGUUUUUCUUGUUUCUUGUUCACAGCUUGCUUAGCAAGUAAAGUAUGCGGAGCAGUAUGUUCUGCGAAGCAACCCUUUAAAUUGGGGCCUGUAUCCGAUUCCACAAAUGUUCGACAGUGUGGAGAUCUUCGUCAGAAUACGUGAAGAAGGGGGAAACCUUACGGUGAAAUAGCUGAACGUAGUCUGAAUUUACUGAAGAGCCGGCUUUCUCCCCCACCGGCUCUGAAAACGGGCAGAUUUUACUUUUCUUUACGAUCACAGCUGUCAAGAAACGCACUUUUUUGCUGGCAUGGCCCAUAGGGCCGAUUAUCUUUGUAACCAAUUGUUACUCGAAUUGUUCCGUGCCCGGUUAUUGCUUAACAAUGAAUUUGUUGUGGUACAGCUUCGAACAAAUUGCAUUCAAACAUUUCACUUUUUCAGCUCUGUUAAAUCGCGUAGUCUGUUAAGCAAAUUUGCCAUAUGCCUUUAGUCUGUUCUACUCUGUAAGAUUUUGUAUAAAAUAUGACAAUCGAUAACUCUCGUUCAAGUGGAUCGCCGAAAGAUGGGAUUCCACCUUGAAAAUACAAAAUAAUCUGGACAUGAACAGUUGAUGCAAUUCUUAUAAGUAUUUUUAAUUGUUUAAUUGUGGGAAACUGUUCGACCAUUCUAAGUAAUUUUUACUUUAAGCGUGGGAAAAUAUUAAAGCAUUACAUUGAUUGCAAAGGUUAAUAACUUUGGCAUCUCACUGAAAAAGUUAAGUACCGCUUCGGUCAUACGACUGCGGUGUUCGUGUGCGCUGAGACUCUUAAUUUUGAGGUGAAUUGCAGCAAAGUAAAAGAGAGAAGUAAAAGGGAGAGAAAUUAUCAA